CGGCACCACUUCGUGGCGGCGGGGGGAGACCGAGGGACUCUGGGAGCGGCCGGAUCCCAGCCGAAGGGGCAGGGCUAUCGGUGUGUUUCAGGUAAUAGGGUUUCCUAAAGGAAAGCCAUGUUGGCAGAGCGCCCAGUGUUCUAGAAAGCCACGUGUUGGUUCGGGGAGCAGCUUUCUGAGAGAAGAGAUUGUGAUCUGGGGGUUUUUGAGGCAGGAGAUGUUGCUUCAGAAAUGAGGUUUCAUCAGGGAUGAACAGAAAUUAAAGCGAUUUGAUUGCAGCGGAAUGGAUUGAUGGCUGAGUUGGGCUGUUUCUAAAUACCGCUGCCAUGGCCUGAAAUAAGUUUCUGCAAAGCGAGUGCUGACUGGAAUUAUUAAUUUUAAAAAGAGUUGCUCUGUGUAGAGCCUCUGAAUCUCUAGUUCCAAAGCAAUUGAAGUGUUUGUGUCGUUGGAUGCCCCAUCCCUGGAGGUGUUCAAGACCAGCUUGGACAGAGCCCUGGGCUAAUACCAGAUCUGGAUGAUGGUGGCCCUGCCUGCGGCAGAGUGUUGGAAUUGGAAUUGAUGAUCCCUGGUGUCCCUUCCAACCCAAGCCGUCCUGUGGUUCUGUGAUCACUGGAAAUGGCACUGAGACAAUAAGUGAAUGUUUUUAUUGCCUGAUGGGAGGUCAGGGGUUCCUGACAGCUCACAGCAGGCUCAGAGCGGAAGCCCCUGCACUGUGCUCUUUCUUUGCUCCCCCCAAGAAGCUGGAGUUGGAAAAAGAGAUUGGCCCUUGGUCCCUGAGCAUUCCCCUCAUCCGACAGCUCCAACAGUAUGAAACUUCGUGAGACGGCACUGUCCUCUGCUGACCAAAAUAGAAAAGAAAAAAAAAAAAAAAAGAAAGAAAAAAAGAAAGAAAAUAUAUAUAAAAGGUUAAAAAAAAGGCUGUCGCCAUGGUAACGGGGUACCGCAGCGCUUCGCGUCGCCAUAGCAACGGUGAAGGCCUUCCGGCGGCGGCCGGAAGUAGGGCGGCUCGCAGCGGCAUGGCGGCGAGGUGUGGCCGCCCUCUGGCUGGCGGCGCUCUCACGCUGCUGCUGUCGCUUGGUGCCUCCGGGCCCGGCCUGCUGCGGGGUUCCCUCGCUGCCCACCCCGGUGCUCUGCGGCCCGCCGCCCUGCGAGCCGGGGAAGUUCACAGGCUAGUUACCUACAUCUUUGUCUAUGAAGACCUAAUAUCCUUGAUCUGUGGUGCCUUUCUCAUCUGGUAUUUUGCUGGCAGCUUUGAGAAGAACAUUGGCACUGUGAAGCACUGCUUCUUCACCAUUGUGUUUGCCGUCCUGACUGGCCUCCUGUACCUCUUACUUGAAACUGUUGUCUCGAAGGUGUCAGAAGUGGAAGAUGCCAAAGGAUUCAUGCCUGUAGCUUUUGCUACACUGGGUGUCUCAACCACCCGCUCACGAAUGAAGCGGGCUCUCUUCUUUGGGUUUAGAGUUCCAGUGGUGCUGGUGCCAUGGUUUCUGCUCUUUGUGGUGUGGUUUAUCCCCCACUCUUCUCUCCUGAGCAACCUGUGUGGGCUCCUAGUUGGGAAAGCCUAUGGUCUUGGCUACUGUUUCUGCUUGGAUCUUCCAGAGUCAGUGGCCUCUAAGCUGGAUCAGAGGUUUCCUUUCAGUGUGCUAAAGAGAAUACCAGGGCUAAAAUACAUCCCGGGGUCCUCAGCUGAGAGAAGAGCCACUGAGAGCAGCAAGAUUACCCCGCUGCCUGGCACAUACCCCACCCAGAGCUACUACUGCUCUUCACCUUCAGCUCUUCCAGCCUUCCAGGUGCAGCACCCUGGUGUCCAGAGCCAGGGGUUUCAGGACAGCUGCACGCCAGGAUUUGGCCAUGCUUUGGGACAUGUGGGAUCUCAGCACAGCUAUGCAAGAUACAGCCUUGUUUCUUCCCCCUAUCAAGCCAGAGGUGCCUCUGCAGAGUGCUACAUUCAGUCCCACACUGGAUCCUCGCCUGGACAAUGCUGCCAGACAAGCAAGUUCUCUGUGCCACAGCGUGUGUGUAUGACUGGUCCACAGGCACCUGUCAGCCUGGACCUCCUGGCUGGAGUUCAGCAAGCAUCAGGGGAUCCAGCAGCCUCAGCAUCUCCUGUUCCAGCUGAAUUUUCAAAAGUUCAGCUGUACUGAUCCUCCAGAAAGCAGCAGGACUUGCAGCAGCAGGGAAGAUGACGUGAUGCUCACAGAGCAGCAAUUGCUGGCACUGUUGCUGUCUCUGGGGUGACUACCUAACUUUAAUUCUAUUUCUUUUUAAUUUUGAUACUUUUUUUAGCAUUGUGGAGGGAAAGAGACUGGAUUGCCUCUCCACAUUUCUAAUUCUAUUGAAUACUUUUCUCAUUGUAGUGUUUAGCAGCCUUCUUUCUCCACACAGUAACUACAGUUACAGAGCCUCUGUCCUUCAAUUCAAGGUAAGAUGGAAGCUGAUAGUCAAAACACUGGACUAAUCUGGGAUUGAGCCAUGCUGCAGAGAUAAGGAAACAUCCCAUCUACGUCAAGGCUCUUAGCUUCCUAUCUUGUUUACAUGUGUGAUGUAGUUAGGACACAAAAGAGGGUGGAAGCAUGGAAGCCUUAGUUUAUAAGUUAGCAUUUGAGUGAAGAAGUCUGUUUCAGUAGUGACUUCUUCACCGAGCGUAUGCAUUGAAGGGGGCUUAUUAAGGCAGGGCUGGGAUGAGGAGAACAGAAUAAAGAGCACCUUUUUCUGUCCCCCAAAACCCUCAAAAAAACAUCUAUUAAAUACUGAAGUGUAGUCUGCACUCAACAACACAUUGUUAUUUCUGAUAGCUCCACAAUAGUUCAGCCUUCAUAGCACUAAUAAUCAUUUGAGUUGGAAGGGACCCUUAAAGGUCAUGCAAUCCAACUCCCCUGCAAUGAAUAGGGAUGUUUACAGCUAGAUCACCCCUGCACUUGUCAGUAAGGCAGCCUCAAAUGCAUAAGAAGUAGUGAAAGAGUCUUUAGUAAGGGAUUUUGGCCAUUUGUGCAGCAAAUAUGCAUAAAUCCAGGAAGCUGAGAGGGACUUUAAAAGUGGGUUAUAAGAAUUACCUGGAAUGUAGCUGUCCCACUGGGGAUGUUCACAUUUUUCAUCUUUCGGUGUGUCACCCACCAAUAUUAGCACAAUCACUCUGGGUUUUCUUUAGAGGUGGUGGAAAGGUAUAUGGGAAAGAGGAGUUUUCAGCAUGGGAUUCAGAGCAGAGUGAACUGUUUGGUGACUGUGGUAGUAGCAGAAGUUUAUUUUAGGUGGUAGCACUUGGAAAGCCAGAGCUUUAUUUCUCACUUUGUUGUGGCUUUACUGUGCCAUGCCUAGGAGGAAUCUCCUGUUUCUGUGAUUGUGAAUCAAACAGGAUCUCAGCUAUUGCAGUUGACUCAUUACUUAAAGUUUUCUUCCCCCUUCCCAAAAAAAAAAAAAAAAAAAAAGUUAUGUGAAACACAGAGAGACAUUUCUGCCCUUGGAAAUGUUUUGAACAUGCCUAGCCUGUCCCCUACAAUAGCCACAGGGCUCUUCCUAUGUACCAGGGAGCCAGGGUUGGAAACCGCAUUGCUGAUUCAUGUGCCAAAGCAUGUAUGUGCCUCUCUCUCACCGUUCCCCCUCUUCAGUGUCUGAAGAAGUCACAUGUUGCUGUACAGACCUUCUCCAGCAGCUCUUCUGGGAAAAUUGCCACAGGUAUGUGUGGUUUCACAGGAACUUGCUUUGGGGGAAGACCAAAGUGAAGGGGGAGGGUUUGAACCUCCGAUUCAUGAUAGUAAGAAGCUGUUUGCAGCGACAGAAGUGGGGCAGAGGCUUUCAGAAGGAAGAUGUAAUAAUUUGGGAGCAGGCUUGUGGUGGGAUGCCUGGAGUUGGUGGUCAGCUCCAUCCCACUCCUGAUUGUUUCACUCCUCCCUGGGUUGACAGAUGGACUUGGUUUUACAGUCUCAUUUUUCCUGAACUGCUAACAACAAUUUCAUCGUUAAGUGUUUUGUGUGCAGCACGAACAGGAUGAGGCUCUUGUUUGGAACUUAAAAGGAUGUUUUCAAUACCAGGAAAGGACUGCUAGAGAUAAUCAUUUGAAUGUUGAUAUACCUCUCUGGUGCCUUGAUUUUCCUCCUCGUGGGAUCUACAUAAGAUGAGAUCUUGUGAAUUUUAUCACCGUGCAGAAAAUACACUAGAGUGAUGAGGACUGUUUGCAGUGGUAAAUGUUGUGUACGAUCAAACUGAAAGCUUGAAAUACAGUCUGGAAGACAAA